AUGGAGUGUGGCAGGGGGAGAGUCCGACGGGAAGCCUGCUGGUUCACUGUUGGCAAUAUGGUAUUUGAGAGACCGUUGGAGGGUGGAAAAAAGCCGGAUGUAGUAGUAAUAGUGGUGGUCCUUGGUCAGCAGAACGACUUGUCGCCUCUUGCGAUGCAGCAGAGAUACAGCAGGGUGACGAUAGUGAGCAGCGCGCGAGCGUCGAGACAGAUACUGAGCUGGAGGUUUGCAGUCGAAAGAGACGAAGCUGAGCAAGAGGCGGAGGAAAGGGAAGAAGAAGAAGGAGAAGAAGGAGAAAAGAAGAAAAAGACGAAGGAAGAAGGAAAAAAGGCGCCAGGAGGGGCAAACAACAGGAGCAGAGCAACAAACUCUACGGACGACGGCUGUUUGGACGAGGAGAUCGGACAAGGACUUGCUUGCCAUCUGACAGACUUAUUCCAGGCCGAGAUCAACGCCUGA